AAGCGGCGCGUGGUGUGAUGGUCCGUUCCGUCAAGUGGUCAGUGAAAAACUUCGAUCGGUGACGUAGGGACACCCAGUGGUUCGUCUCGUCUGCGAAUCUACUGCGUCAGGCUCCUGGAUAUCCAACGGCCGUCGCUAUGGUUUUGCGGACAUCGCCUACGGCUAGGCGACACCGCUGACCACCCAUCCGGUGGUUUCUAUAGUCACCACCUGAACCGAAAGACGACGCUGAUCGUCACCUGUGAGUGUUUGAUGGUGCUACGUGAUUGGGAAACUUCUGAAACAGCGACGACCAUCGCGCUUUCAGUGUGCGUUACCAGUGGUUCGACGACAACUUUGGUGGGGUGGCACUGUUGUGACGUUUCGGGUAGUUGGAGAGUAGUACGGCGUCGGGGAGUUUAGACCGAGGUGCCUUUGUCAAACGUCCACUCUUUUGCGAGCAUAAUAAGAAGUCAGAACGACCGAGAAGGUAUUUUAUAUCAGCACUGCUCAGCAAGACUGCUUUCUGUGCUCAAGGAUGCGGUAAAAGUGUGCAGCCUACCAAUCAUCGAUCAGUCGUCACGUGUGUUUUAGGAGCGCUGACAAAGCGGCAAGUACACAAAAUAUGUUUUCCGAAGCAUGGAAGUAACGUUGAACGCCGGGAACUUCAGCUCGAAGGGUUGAGUGUUCUUAGUUUUGGUCGCUCGUUUGAAAUCAAAUGUCCAGGCAUCUUGCAAACGGUGGUGCUCACAUGGGCCGAAUUCAGAGACCCCCGGUGCAGUGAAUGUUGAUUUCGGAGAAUAUUUGACUACAUGAAGCGAGUUCCAGAAGCCUCCUUGACUCCAAUUCGCGUGCAGCGUUUGGCCGCCAGGGCACCACGAGUGAGGUUGUGUUACGGUACCCUUCUGGUAGUCAUCGCCAUCACAGCGAGCGCCACUGAUGUACGGAGCAUAAAUACGUCACCAGUGAUGUAUUCAAUGAAAUAAAGAGCUCGUACACUAGUCUCAAGGGGCAUCUCCACGAAAGCCUGUAGUGACCAAGUUCAGUUAACGAAAGUGACGACGCUUUGACCCGUGACCAGACGCGCGGACAUACCGUCACUGGAGGCAAAAGUUAUUCUGUUCAUCGUACAGUCUGUCACAAGUCUUCGUCUCGCAAAACGAAGGUAACGUACGGAACACAGCAAGGUUGUCACUCUCUGCCCCUAUGUUUAUAAACUGCAGAGGCCAUUUGGCCAGCAAGGACUGUUGCGUUCAACUAAAGGCCGAGAGGAGACGGUCGCGCUGUCUUAGCUAUUCACUGCGCUCUCUGUGACAUGACAGGUCGGUUUAAGGCCGGCCGUCAAAACAUUUGGCGGAAUAGUUAGCUGAGACAUCUUUGCCUACUCCCCUUCUGAAAAGACUCUACCCCUCAGCCCCGUUACGUCCAAUUCGCUUUCAUCGCCCAUAAUGGCGACUUCGAUUCUCAGCAGUACCAGCAGCGGCAGUACAGACUCUUCUGGCGACAGCUGCAGGUACCGGUCCUCUUCGUCCUCUGUAGCGCUAGACCUGAACCGGGAAGACCACGGUGGGUCGUCCGGGGCCACGCACUCGAUGCUUCUGGACCAUCACGCCGGUCCAGCGACGUCCGCGUACGGUGCCAGCAGGCGCGUCGACCUGAUGGAUGACGAAGACGACGACGAGGAUGAAGAUGCUUCGCUCGCGGGCAUCAGCCAUCAUCACCUGUCGUCGUCCCCGCUCGCAUCACCACCACCUGUUGAGGCGAGCAGGCGGCCACGAGCUCAUCAACGGUGUCUCGCACUAUGCCGAACUGGUGGCGGCGGGGACAUCACGAAUCAGUGUCACGUGGUACGCUUCCGCCGUUGGAUCCCGACUCCAUAUGGAGGCCGGACCUCCAAACGAGCUUCGGCGGUGGACAUCAGACUUCUUGGACAAGGCUUGAGUGAGUGUUCAAAAGUGUAG